CGUAGUUUCAGACUUAGCCCACAGUAUAAGAUUUUAUGUGUCUACGAAUGUCACUGUAUCGGACGAUUUAGUCAGAGUUUGAAGCAGAUUUAAAGACAAUAUUAUUAAGUGCGCGAUACGCUACAAAUAUGGCAAGCCAAAAUUAUUUAAGUGAUCCAAAAAAUCCGUUCUUCUCUCUCGAGGAUGAUAUAGACGACGAAACUUUUCUAAAAAGUGCACCACCAAGAUCUGGUCUUACGACUUACAAUCAGUAUAAUAAUUUUGACAAUGGCCUCGAACAAAAACGUCAACAAUUAUUGCAACGAAAAAAGGAAAUAGAAGAACGUACAAUACAAUCAACAAAAAGGUCUAUUUCGCUUUUAAGAGAUUCCGAACAGAUUGGAGCUGCUACUGCAGAGGAACUCAUUAGACAGAGAGAACAAUUAGAAAGAACAGAGAAAAGAUUGGAUGAUAUUAAUAGCACAUUAAGGUUUAGUCAAAAACAUAUCCAAGGAAUAAAAAGUGUAUUUGGAAGCCUUAAAAAUUACCUCAGUGGUAAAUCAAUGGAUGCACCAAUACCGUCAACUAUAUUAUCAGAAUCUUCUAGCUCUGAAUCUAUGACAUCUCCUGCUCUAUCUAAUUCAUUAGAACAAGUACAGACUAAUAUAGCUAAUACAAGUCCAGCAUUAAAAUUACAUGGCUUAGAUAAUGAUAUAGAAACAAAUUCUUUAAGCAAUAAUGUGAGCAAAGUAUUAGAACAAAAUUUAGAUGAGAUGAGUGGUUCAUUAGCUAGAUUGAAAGGUUUAGCAAUAGGACUGUCGGAAGAAAUAGAUCUACAAAAUGACUUGAUCGACAACAUAACAGAUAAAGCAGAAAAGACAGAUAUUAUGCUUCAAAAACAAAAUAAAGACCUAACUCAUUUAUUAAAAAAAUAAGUCAUAUAUGUGCAAUAGAUAAGAUUUU